UUUUUGUUUCUAUUUUUGGACAUUGAAAUUGAAAGUUAAAUUUUGACACUGUGUGAAAUCGAAGUGGAUCUCACUCUUAUAAAGAAAUCUGCUUUAACGGCUACAUUUUCAAUUACUGACACAACUCAGACCAGUUGAUCAAUUGAACACUACAUUUCCAUGUGUUUGAACAGCCAGGAACUAGAGGCGUGAUGACAUUACAAUUUUUUGGAUGGGAGACUGUUUAUGACAAUAAUCAUCAUUUGCAGUCAAAUCAGGAACCAGUGAAUGGCAGAGAAUAUAUCAUGUACCAUGGAACCUCAGUCAGCAAUGCAAAGUCCAUCAUACAAUCAGGCUUCAAGCAAUCAAGCAAGGGCAUGCUCGGCCCUGGGGUCUACGUCAGCAGAGACAAGGAGAAAGCCAGGAGAUAUCCAAUUAACACUCCAAAUGAUAGAGUUAUUUUAAUGUUGAAAGUACAAGUAGGAAAAGUCAAGAAAAUAGAUAAAGAAAAUCAUCCUAUGUCAACAACUUGGAAACAACAUGGAUAUGAUACAGCAUGGGUCCCUCCCAACUGUGGGAUGAGAAACGUUCCCAGUGGAUUAGAGGAAGACUGUGUUUGGGAUCCACAAAGGAUCCAGGUGAUUGAUGUAAUAAAUUCCCCUGAUCCUGUAACAACACAGCAGUUGAAAGAUUUGCUUCAAGCAAACCUGAACAGCAAUCCUGGGCUAGAGUUGGUGGAGCAUUGUGAGAUCUGUAAAAAUACCAUGGCACCUUCUCAUCAGUUGCAGCUCUGCUGGGGGUGUGGACAGACCAUCUGCCCUUUCAUGGCAAAACACUUAUGCAGAUAAUUUUUACGUCUUAUGCUUCAUAACAUUAACCGUCUUGUUAACAAAAUACUACUGGGAAUUUUCAGCAUCUAUUGUUAAAAAUUAUACAUAACCUUACAUUAUAUUUUUGUGUAGAGAAAGGAGAGACAUUGAAAUAGUUUCAUUUUCAGAGAUUUAUUUUAUGGGUGUGGUGCCAGGAGGUCUGGAGGCCUAUUUGUAUACAUGCACUUUCAUAAGGUCUUACAACUCCGUAAUUAAAGAGAUUGGAGGUUGGUAGCUAAGUGCAUUAAAGAGCUCUGAUGAAGAGUAACCUAGAUUUGAAAUGUUAGCUUACUGUCUCUCCGUGGAUGCUGUCUGACCCACUGUAAUCUCCAGCAUUUGUUGUUUUCAGUAGAGAAACGGCACUGAAAACAAAAAAUGCUGGAGAUCACAGCAGGUCAGGCAGCAUCCAUGGAGAGAAAGGAAGCCAACAUUUUGAGUCUAGAUAACUCUUCAUCAGAGCUGUUGGCUGGCAACAUUGGGUCAAAAAAAAAAUCCAGAUGUCAGGUAGGCAUUGUCAGGGUCAAUUUCUGUAGUACUAUCAAAAACUGAGUUCAGGGAACUCAUGUUUGUUCUGCUGUUUAAAUAAUGGAGUUUGUUUUAGGGGUCUCAGAGAGAGAUAUAUCAGCUGAGGAAAAAUAUCUAGUGAGUGUACGGCUUUGUUAACCUGAUCUAGAAAUCUUUGCGUGGAGGUAUUGGUGAAUCUUCGCUGUGGUUUGGUUAUAUGGAUCUUGCUGUUAUAAAAUAAAUGGAAUUAAUUUGAAUACUUUUGUUGGUGUUUGUAUGGAAAGUUUUCCAACCUUUCUGUCUCAUAUAAUGUAGUUCAUACUUUCUCCUUGUUUAAUAAAUGCUCAAUUAAAUGUUAAAA